AUGGCUUCCCAGAUACCACCGUAUCUGAUAGAGGAGUUGGAAUCACUUUUCACGGGCAUAGACCAGGUUAUUAGUCCACAAAGCCCCGGCUAUGAAGAAUAUCUGCAACGGUGGUCUGAUCUUGCCACUCAACGAGCUGGAGUGAUUAUAUUUCCUGAAAGUGCACAAGAUGUCUCCAAGGCUGUUCGCUUUUCCCGACGACAUAAUAUAGACCUGGUGGUCAAAGGCGGGGGUCACACUCCUGAUGGUGGGAACUCCAGCGAUGGGGGUAUCACCCUUGACCUUAAGAGAAUGAAGAAAGUCUCUCUUCAUUUUGAAAGCAAUACUGUCACUGUUCAAGGCGGCGCACUGUGGGCAGAUGUACACCAUACUACCGCUGGAAGUGGCCUUGUAGUGGCCAGCAGCACAGUCAGUACUACAGGAGUUGGUGGUGUGACGCUACAAGGAGGAUAUGGGUAUUUGAUGUGUGCGCAUGGAUUGAUUAUCGACAAUCUCCUGUCUGCACAGGUGAUUAUCGCUGACGGACAAUUAUUGACCGCCUCGGAGAGCGAGAAUUCGGAUCUCUUCUGGGCCAUUCGAGGGGCUGGACAAAAUUUCGGUGUUGUGGUGGAGUUCACCUUCCAAGCCCACAAGCAGCCCGGCGAUGUAUUUGCUGGGUCGCUUGUGUUCACAGCUGAAAAUAUGGCAACUAUCCUUGAAUCACUCAAUGCGGCACUCAAGUAUAAAGAUGGCAAAUCCACUGCCCAGUGCAUAAUUUCCCAGUCUCCCAACACUAAAGAACUGUUGGUGACUGUUGGGAUCUUCUACAACGGUCCAGAAAAUGAAUGCAGGGAGAGGUUUACUGACCUAUUCAAUCUGGAGACUGUUAGCGCCGAUGUUAACAUGAUGCCGUAUGAAGAGGCCAACACCUUGUUUGACUCGGUCAGUCCCCCUGGCGGCCGCAAAAGAAUUAUCGCAUUUGAUUUCGCCUCUCCCAUUAGGCCAGAGUUUUGCCAAAAGAUAUACGAUGAGGUCAAACUCAAGUUCGAGGCUGAACCAGAUUUAACUCGGUCCUACGUAGAUUUGGAGUUCUGGGAGAUGUCCAAAGUCUGUCAGGUGCCAACUCCGGCGACUGCAUUUCCAAGCCGCAUGAUGACCCAGAAAGGAGUACUUACGCUUCAGUAUACAAACCCUGAUAAAGACGAGGAGUACCUUCAAUGGGCAGUCGACAUACAAAUGAUGUUUCAAGAUGAGUUCAAGCGAGCUGGUUAUAGACCAAAUAUGUUUGUGUCAAAUUUUACCUACUACACAAAGCCGUCUAGUACCAGAUCAGCUUCAGACAUGUUCGGAGUAAACGGACCGAGAUUGGUUGAGCUCAAGAAGAAAUACGAUCCGCAAGGUUUCUUCAAUAAACUGAAUCCUAUCAGCACAUAG